CAAUUUGCAAUAAAUUUACUGGUAGACAGGCAACUUAGCAACGGAUGCAUAAACAAAUGCAAAAAGAAACGCAAAACAUUGAUUUUUAUUGAGUGCACACUGCGCAAAAGUAGUUAAUUGUUGUAAGCUAGUGUUUUAAAGAGUCUUCCCCUUAAAAAUGCCGCAGGAGCAGCCAACAACGACUUCGCAGCAGCAGCAGCUCGAUGACGAAAUCGAAAAUGUUCGUGUUGUUGUGCGCUCCCGACCAAUGGAUAAAAAUGAGCUGGCCACCGGAGCACUGAGCGCCAUUCAAGUGGAUAAAAUCAAUCGUGCCAUCACCGUGGUGAAGCCAAAUGCCACCGCCAACGAACCGCCCAAAACAUAUUACUUUGAUAACGUCUUCGAUGGCGCCUCCAACCAACUGGAUUUGUAUGUGGACACGGCUCGCCCCAUUGUGGACAAGGUGCUCGAGGGCUACAAUGGCACCAUCUUGGCCUAUGGCCAGACGGGCACCGGCAAAACAUACACGAUGUCUGGGAAUCCGGAUUCACCACAAACCAAGGGCAUUAUCCCCAAUGCCUUUGCCCACAUCUUUGGACACAUUGCAAAGGCGCGGGAGAAUCAGAAGUUCUUGGUGCGCGUCAGCUACAUGGAGAUCUACAACGAGGAGGUGCGAGAUCUGCUCGGCAAGGAUGUGAGUAAGAGUCUGGAAGUCAAGGAACGGCCAGAUAUUGGCGUCUUUGUCAAAGAUCUCAGUGGUUAUGUGGUGCACAAUGCCGACGAUCUCGAGAACAUUAUGCGGCUGGGCAAUAAGAAUCGCGCAGUGGGCGCCACCAAAAUGAAUCAGGAAUCCUCUCGGUCCCAUGCCAUCUUCUCCAUCACCGUGGAGAGCAGUGAACUGGGCGAAGGCGGUGUCCAACAUGUGCGCAUGGGCAAGCUGCAGCUGGUGGAUUUGGCCGGUUCGGAGCGUCAGUCCAAGACCCAGGCGAGUGGACAGCGUUUGAAGGAAGCGACCAAGAUCAAUCUUUCGUUGUCGGUGCUGGGCAAUGUGAUUAGCGCCUUGGUGGAUGGCAAAAGCACACACAUUCCGUAUCGCAACUCGAAGUUGACGCGUCUGCUGCAGGAUUCGUUGGGCGGCAACUCCAAGACGGUGAUGUGCGCCACCAUUAGUCCAGCGGAUUGCAAUUGCAUGGAGACGAUAUCGACGCUGCGUUAUGCGAGUCGCGCCAAGAACAUACAGAAUCGCAUGCACAUCAACGAGGAGCCCAAGGAUGCGUUGUUGCGACACUUUCAGGAGGAGAUUGCUCGGUUGCGCAAGCAGCUGGAGGAGGGAAGCUUCGAAGAGGAACUGCAGCCAAGUGGCGAUGGCGAGGGCGAUGACGACGACGAGGAUACGGCUGAUGAUGAGCUGGAGGCGCCUCUAGAAAUAGAGAUGGAGUCAUCAUCAUCAGUGGCAGCAACACCUGCUGCAGCCAGCAGCCCGAAUAGCGGAAAGAAGCCGCGCAAGAAGCGUGAGAAGACCGACGAGGAGAAGGAGGAGCUGGCCAUGCGGAAGAACGAGCAUUUGCGUGAGAUCGAACACGCCAAGACGGAGCAGGAGCAGCUGCGCAAUAAGCUUGUCUCCUUGGAGGGUAAAAUCCUCGUGGGCGGCGAGAAUUUGCUGGAGAAGGCGCAAACACAGGAGAAGCUGCUGGAGCAGUCCAUUGCCGAGCUGGAGGAACGCGAAAAGUCCGAGGAAGCGUUGCGCCAGACGCUGCAACAAAAGGCCACCGAACGCAUCGACAUCGAGGAGCGUUACUCGACGCUGCAAGAUGCCAGCACUGGGAUCACCAAGAAGAUUCAUCGGGUGAUGCAAAUGCUGAUGGGCGUCAAGUCCGAGUUGGCGGAUCAGCAGCAGGAGCAUCAACGUGAGAAAGAAGGCAUCUAUGAGAACAUACGCAGCUUGUCCCGCGAGUUGGCGCUCUGCGAACUGGUGCUCAACUCUUAUGUGCCCAAGGAGUACCAAUCGAUGAUCAAUCAGUAUACGAAUUGGAACGAGGACAUUGGCGAAUGGCAGCUCAAAUGUGUCGCCUACACUGGCAACAAUAUGCGCAAACACAUCGAACACAAGUCUGGAGGUAAAGAGCCGGAUUUUGUCGAUCUAUCGCAUGUGUAUCUCAGUUAUAACACCGAUGGCGUCGCCAAUCCUAUGCGCACCAAGUCCGCGCGUCCACGCACCUCGGGUGUUCCACGUCCCACAACGGCACGACGAUAUUGAAGCACUCAAUGUCAAGUGCCACAGACAGAGACAGAGAGGAAGCCAUCUUCAGUAUCUGUAGUCCGAUCCUUGGCCUUUGGACUUCGUGCACAGUUUUGGUUUCUUUUGAUUUUGCUUUUGCUUUUCUAUCUCUUGAAAUACUUUUGCUCAGUGGGUUUUAGUUAUUAACGUGCAAUCAUUUUGCUCUGUUUUUGUUAAUUUAUUUGUAUACAUAAAGAUACAUUUAUACAUAGUAGGUGUCUGCAAUAGUUAAUACUUUUUAGGUUGAACAACAUGGUGCAAUAUGUUUAAUUUAAUUUCUAAUUCUAAUUUAUUGUAUCUCACUAAGCAUAACCGUUUUACACUUAGAUGCAAUUGCUUAAGGUAUCAAUUAAUGUACGCGUGCUUUCGCUUUUAAAAUCAAACUAAUGAAUAAACAAUACAUAUACUAAAUAU